AUGCGUUACUCCUACGUUGCAGCUGCCCUUGUUGGGUCAGUUGUCGCUGCCCAGCACAAGGCUCAUUCUGGAUUCCACAUGCGUCGUCAUGGUGGAUAUGCCGCCGCCGAUGAGUGUGAGGUCUACACCCACACCGUCUAUGUAACCGCAACACCCUCCGUGGCUCACAACACCACCAUGGUUGUUCCAUCUCAUGCCCCGGAGACCUACACACCCAACGUUCCGGCUUCGACUGGAGAGGCUCCUAAGCCUUCCAGCCCGGCUCCUGUAGUUCCCGGAUCUUCCGCUCCUGAUUACCCCGUGGUGCCUCAAUCCACCAAGCCUGUUUACCCAGCGGUGCCCGAGUCCUCGAAGCCAGCCGUCCCCGCUGUCCCAGAGUCCUCCACCACCUGCACUGAGGAGGAGGGAAAGACUUCGUCCGUGGAGGUUCCCAAGCCAACCUACCCUGCCGGUACUCCUGAGGCCUCCAAGCCCGCUUACCCUACCGUACCUGAGGUUACUCAGCCUGCAUACCCCUCCGUCCCUGAGGUAUCCAAGCCCGCUGUUCCCGAGGUCCCAGAGGCAUCCAAGCCGGUUCCCGCUGUACCGGAGUCCACCACCUGCACUGAGGAGGAGGGCAAGACCUCCACCUCGGAGGCCCCUAAGCCAACUUACCCUGCCGGUACUCCUGAGGCCUCCAAGCCCGCCUACCCUACCGUCCCUGAGGCCUCCAAGCCUGCUUACCCUUCUGUCCCUGAAGAGUCCAAGCCCGCCUACCCUUCGGUUCCCGAAUCCUCUAAGCCUGCUUACCCAGCGGUGCCCGAGGUUUCCAAGCCUGCGUACACUCCCUCCGUCCCUUCCUCCUCCAAGGAGGCUGAGAAGCCCAAGCCAACCCCCAGCUCCACCAAGAAGGUCGAGAAGCCCAAGCCCACUGGCAGCUACAACCAAGGUGACCACAUCAAGACCAACGGCGACAAGUGGGCCAUUACCUACACUCCUUACGCCAACUCUGGUGACUGCAAGACCGCCGACGAGAUUGCCACCGACAUCAAGAAGAUCUCUGAGCUCGGUUUCACCACUAUCCGUUCUUACAGCACUGACUGCGGUGUCUUUGAGCACGUUGUUCCUGAGUGCCAGAAGUACGGAUUGAAGGUCAUCUACGGUAUCUUCCUCGAGGCCGGUGGCAAGGGCGGUAGGGGUCCUUUCUCCAGCUACGCCAACGACCAGCUCAAGGACAUCACCAACAACGCCCCCAAGGACUCUGUUGCCAUGGUCAUUGUCGGAAACGAGUGCGUCUUCAACGGUAACUGCGAUGUUAACGAGCUUGGUUCUUACAUCGACUAUGUCCGUGACGAACUCGUCAGCUGCGGUUAUGAGGGCGUUGCCGUCACUACCACUGAGACCGUUGGUGCCUGGGAGGAGCACGGUGCUGCCCUCUGCUCUCACAUCGAUGUCUUCACUGUCCAGGUUCACCCCUACUUCACUCAGUCCGUUUCUGCUGAGGAGGCCGGUGACUUUGCCGCCCAGCAACUCGAGCAAGCUGCCAAGGUCUGCCCCGAGGCCGCUGCCAAGGGCAAGUACAUCACUGAGAUCGGCUGGCCCAGCGCUGGUCAGUCUAACGGAAAGGCUGUUGCCGGUGUUGAGCAGCAGAAGACUGCUAUGAAGAAGAUCAUGGAGAAGGUCGGUUCUGAGUCCUGCCUGUUCUCUUACCAGAACGAUGGCUGGAAGGAGCCCGGUAACCUUGACGUUGAGCAGAACUUCGGCUGUGUUGAUGCCAUCGUCGGUGCUGCCUAG